ACGACUUGGAGUCAAUUUAUAAAAUAUAAGUCAUUCAUCACCAAGUAUUGACCAAGCCCUCUCCGGGGCAUUCUGAUGUACCCAGCUCUCUCGUCGUCGGAGGCAGCAAUGGAUUCCGACGGCGAUGAGCACGAGACGAUGCAGAGCGCCCGGUGCCGCCUCAGCUCGUCGCUGGGCGAUGAGUGGUGCGAGCAGAGAUCCUCCGCCUUGGAGUACGAGCGCUCCGCCGAGGAUGAUGGCGAGUUGUACGAGCGCUCGGAAGAGGUGUUCAUCGCGGUAACCGGGGACGUCUACGACGGGAUGGGCACCUUGCUGUGGGUGAUGAGGAACCUGGCCAAUUGUGGAUCCAGGGUCGUCAUAGCUCAUGUCCACAGCCCCACACGAGCGAUCCACAAAUUGCGGGCAAAAGCGGAUCAUGCCAGCAUGAGACCAGAAGAGGUCCACAGGUAUAGAAACUUGGUUCGGGAAAGAGCAGAGAAGAACAUGGAUGAAUAUGUCCUGACGGCGAAACGCGCAAGGAGAGGUCUGAAGAUUGAUAAAGUGAUGAUUGAGAUGGACGAUGUUGCAGACGGACUAGUGAAACUUAUUGCUCUUUACGGUAUCACCAAGCUUGUCAUGGGAGCAGCUGCCGACCAACACUACUCAAAGGAAAUGAAAACACCAAAGUCCAAGACAGCACUCAAGCUGAUGGAGACAGUAGCUCCAUUAUGCAAGAUAUGGUUCACCUGUAAUGGGAAUCUGAUAUGUACCAGGGAAAUGAAUGGAAACUUUCCUGCAAUGUCUCGGUCACCUGUACAAAGCAACACAACACCACCUUCAGUGUGCAGCAUUUCGAGCCAAAUGAGAUCAAUGGCACUGAAGAAUGAAGCAAACUCAAAAGGAUAUAAUUCAGGCUCAAUGUUUGAAUCGGCAAAGACUGACUGGGAUCUUUUUUUCAGGCCUGAUUGUGAUAGGGAAGAAGAAGAACAAAUUUUAGAUGAACAACCAUAUGUAAAACAUCAGGAGGUGUACACCAAAGCUAAUCUGUGUAAGGAAGAAACGAAUGAGGAAUCUAACAAACGGCGCAAAGCCGAACUGGAUCUACUUUCAGCGCUACAAAGAGUUAAAGAUUCAGAAGAUUCAUAUCUUCAUGAGGCGAGCCAGCGGAAAGAAAUUGAAAAAACACUAGCAAAACAGAGGCUGGAGAUUGACGAAAUGAAAAGACGACGAUAUGCAUUACAUGAUGAACUACAGGAUUCAAAGAAGCAGAGGCUCAUGCUGGAACAGCAUAUAACUCAAAUUGAGUUUGCUGCAAAAGAUUAUGUAAAAGAGAUCACUGACUUUUUUACAGAAGAAUCAUGCUUGGAAACUAAGAAACGCCGAAAACUCGAAACAGAUCUGCUGUUCGCACUUCAAAGAGCAAGAAAGAUGGAGACUUUGUACCAAAACGAGAAAGGUCAGCGGGUGGACAAUGAUGAGAAGAUUACGAGACAAAGGAUGGAGAUUGAAGAAACAAAGAGACAGCGUGAUGAACUAUAUUAUGAGCUAAAAGAUUUGAAGGAGCAGAGGGUCAAGCUAAAACCAAAUGAUGUGUCUGAAGAAAGUAACAGAAGAAGAAGCGCUGAAAGUGAUCUGCUCUCAGCUCUUCAAAAGUUUAAAGACCUGGAGCGCUUGUGUCUGCUUGAGGUGAGAAAGCGGGAAGCAAUGGAGGAGGCACUUGCAAUCCAGAAGGAGGAAAUUCAGGAAACAAAAGGACAGCUAGAAGAUAAACAUGACAAACAUAUGUCUGGGAUCAAGUCGACCAUCAAAGUUUAUGAAGAAAAGCUUGAAAAGAGCAAACAAUUUAUCCAAGAACUUCAAGCAAAUUAUGACAAGUUACUAGAUGAGAGAGAUACUGCAGUAACAGUGGCUGAAGAACAGCGCCAAAGGAACAAGCAUGGAGCCUCAGUCACUGCCAAAGCCCUGAAUAUUGACUUCUCAUUAUAUGAGCUGCAGCAAGCAACCAAAGGCUUUGAUACAACACUCAAGAUUAGCGAAAGUGGAAUUGGAAGUGUCUAUAAGGGCUUCCUCCGAAACACGAAUGUAGCUGUUAAGUUUCUUCAUCCUGAAAAUCUACAAGGACAACAAGAAUUCCAUGAAGAGGUUGCUUUUCUCAAUACAGUGAGGCAUCCUAACGUCAUGCUGUUGAUAGGAGCAUGCCAAGAGGCUUUAGGCCUGGUGUAUGAGUUCCUCCCAAAUGGGAGCCUUGAGGACCGUCUCUUGUGCAGGAAAAACAUGCCGCCAUUGACAUGGCAAGUGCGCACCAGGAUCAUUGGGGAGAUAUGCUCGUCUGUGUCGUUCAUUCACUCCCACAAGCCUCACCCCAUUGUUCACGGUGAUCUAAAGCCGGACAACAUUCUUCUUGAUGCUAAUUUUGUAAGCAAGUUGAGAAUCUACCGGCUUCUAAAAAAUUUCAAGACCACAAAGAACACUAAAGGAACCUCUUCCGACAUGGAUACCAAGUUCUUGUCCACCGGGGAACUCACCCCAGAUUUUGAUGUGUACUCCUUUGGCAUUAUCAUCCUACGCCUACUCACAGGAAGAUCACCGCAAAAUAUCACUGAGACAGUACAAGAAGCGAUCGAGAAGGGGCACCUGCAUUCCAUUGUGGAUGCUUCAGCAGGGAGCUGGCCGUUCCUGCAAGCCAGCCAGCUUGCACAUCUUGGGCUGAGAUGCGCCAACUUGAGCGGGAAGCGCCGGCCAGAUCUGGUGGGGGAAGUGUGGGGAGUGAUUGAGCCAUUGAUGAAGGCAGCUUCUCUGAACGCUGGGCGGCCAUCCUUUGCAGCUUCAUCAGAUGACACACACACGCCAGCUAGCUUUAUAUGUGCAAUCCUUCAGGAGGUGAUGAGCGACCCCCACAUUGCAGCAGAUGGGUUCACGUACGAAGCCGAAGCUAUCAGAGGUUGGCUCGACAGUGGGCACAACACCUCGCCGAUGACGAACCUGAAACUAGAGCACUGCAAGCUCACCCCGAAUAGGGCACUCCGUGCGGCAAUUCUCGAGUGGCAACAGCAACAGCAACAGCACGGGAGAUGAGGAUCUGUCACGAACUGCAUCCAGGUCAUGAAUAGAUCCUUCUCAGUCUCAACUUAUUAAUGUGAAGUUGUGAACAGAUACUUGGAUUGGAUCCUAUACUAUCAUACUUUGUGUUCUCAAAAUUUCUGCUGUUCGUAUUUUUGCUUAUUAAUGUGAGAAACCCAUCUAAAA